AUGAAUCCAGACGAAAUAUCUAACUCAAUCAAUGCUGCCCUACUGGAACCUCUGCAGAGCUAUACUCCACUAGAUGUGAGUGCUUCCCUUCAAUCAGUUGAUGAAGAUACCUCUGUCUUCCUCAAAGUCUCAAGUUUUCGUGUGUGUAACAACCUACAGCAUUUAAAGCAGAAUAAGGCACCGGGUCCUGAUGGUCUACCCAACUGGAUAUUUAAAGAGUAUGCAGAAAUCCUCUGUGAACCGUUAGCUAACAUCUUGAAUUCAUCAUUUAGGGAACAGCGACUUCCCUCCAUUUGGAAGCAAGCGAACGUAACACCAAUACCAAAGGUCAAACAAGUUAAAGAUCCUAAAAAAGAGAUACGACCUAUUUCUCUCACCCCAUCGAUUUCAAAAAUUGCGGAGGAGUUUGUGUAACUGCAUGUGUAUGCAUAAUUAAUAAAUACUGUAUAUAUAAUGGGAUCACAGUAAUUGGCCAAAAGCUGUCGUGAAUACCCUGUCACAAUUGUUGUAAAUUGUUGUAUUGUUAGAUCUAUAGUGCAUUUCGAGUUAUCUUGCAUCUACGGUUUUCAUGUCUGUUUUAGUCUGUUUUAAUAUGGUUUAACAGUUUGUUGGUCCUGGAAAACGAUACAUGUAAGGAUAGCUCGGAACGUGUUAUAGUCAUUAUAGUAUUUAGAUAUGUAAUUUAUAUUGUGACGAAGUUUAUAAAAUUAAAAAAAAAAAUUAAAAAAAAUUAAAUAAUUUAUUCUGUUAUAAAGAGACUUGCAAACUGUGCUAAGUAGUCUUGCAUAAGAAUCAGUAAAGUGAACAUUAAGAGUUAGUAAAGAGAACUACAAAGACAAUUUAAAGACAUCAUUAUAUCUCACAGAUACUUCCUAUAAAGAGUUAUUAAGGAAAGACCGUGGAGAUUACAGUUAAAUGUUAUUGCAAAAUAAAAUAAAAUUAAAGAGAUUUAAUCAAUCUUCCGUAUUAAAGUUAAUGCUUUACGGUUAGCAAGCGACGUCACACCGAAAGGCGGAGUGAAGACCUUCGUAAUGCGUCAGUGUAUUCUUUGCAUGCAGAAUCAUCCAUUAGCAAGUUGUCAGAAGUUUAAAGAAAUGAAAUUGAAAGACAGGAUAGACUUCGUUCGAAAGAAGGAAUUGUGUUUUGGAUGUCUUGGUAUGGGUCAUUUCUCAAACCGAUGUCUCGCAAGAAAGAAGUGUGACGUCUGUCAACUAAAGCACCCCACUCACGGGUGUAAUGAAGACACAACAAGUUCCAUGAUCUUACCAGUAUGGUUGUACCACCAAGAAGAUCCAGAUCAUCAAAUAAUGGUGUAUGCUCUGUUGGAUCCGGCAAGCAACGGAACAUUUAUUAAGACUGAAACUCUGAACAAACUCGGAAGAAAGGGUGUGGAUAUUAAUCUGCGUCUUAACACCAUGCAUAGCAGGGAAAUAAUUACAACACAGAAGAUUACUGGUCUUAAAGUAGAAGAUCUGGAAAGAACCACCCAAAUUGAACUACCAAUGGCUGUCUACUGUCGGAGUGAUAUUCCAUCGAGGAGAAGUGAGAUCCCUCAUCCUGAAAUGGCUAACAAGUGGGACCACUUAUGUGAACUAACCACGAAAUUACCUCGGUACCAAGAAAGAAUCGAGAUUGGUCUGCUAAUAGGAUCAAAUUGUCCAAAAGCUAUCAAGCCACAAGACGUCAUACGUAUGCAAUUAGAACUCUUCUUGGUUGGGGAAUAA